AUGAAGUUUCCUCUGGACAAAGAUGUUGCUUAUUACUUCAGUAGUGCUUUUGCUGUUCGAGAAUCAUUUACCGAGGAGCAGUCGCGCAUGUCUUUCUUAUCCAUUGUCUGCUUAAUGUGGAUUCAGCGCCUCCUUUUUGGCACGGUGCAGUUGGAUCAUUUUGCGCAAAUACGACUACUGACAACGAAGAAGUAUUGGUUGCGAUUUUUCCUUAUUCUGAACGAUGAUCUUUGUUAA